AUGGACUCCCACGACGCGUUUUUUCCAGCCCUUGUGGCCGAGCUGGGCGCGGGCAAGCAGCAGGAGGACGAUUCAUUUGCCUCCCUGCUGGUGCAGGUGCUGGGGGUGAAGGAGAGUGCUGAUCUGAAGGAAGGGUUUGGGUUCUUUGUGCAGCAUUUGCUGUCAGGCGGGCUGGAGAAGGCGCAUGGAGAGGAGAAAGGAAGGGGGCGAGCAGGAGGGCAGGAUGCAAGAGGCCGGGGUAUGGGGCAACUGGGGCAUGGUGCGGACAUAGGGGGGAUGGGGGGCGGUAGGGUUGCUAGAGAGGUUGUGAUAUUUCCGCAGCUAGGUAGCCCUGAAGAGUCGUGGGAGACGGGGAUCCGACUGAUGGCUGAAGCCAUGACGAGAGCGGUGGAGGGCAGAAGCGGCAUGGGGGACGAAGUUGUGGCUGGAAUGGGCUCGUGGCGAGACGGGGGCAGCAGAAGGGGCAUGGGGGGAGAAACAGGCAGCGGAAGGCGCAUGGGGGGAGACAGGGGCAGCAGACGGGGCAUGGGGGGUGAAGAGGGCUGCGGAACGGGCAUGGGGCAAGAUGGGGGCGGUGGAAGGGGCAUGGAGGAGGAAUUAUACGGGAUGAUGGGCAGUGCGUGGGGAGGGGUGAGACGCGAAGAGGUGAGCGGCAUGUUGAAUCUGGACAGAGGCGCGGCCAUGGAUAGCUUUCUGAGUGCCGUGGGUGGUGGGGGCGGGGGCGGGGGCAGGAGGGGUGUGGGGAGUCAGGGAGAUGGGCUGAUGGGGUGGAUGGGUGGGGGGGAUGAGGCUGGGGAUGGGGAGGCAUCGGAAUGGGGAGUGGGGACGGCUGAGGCUGGGAAUGGAGGGGAAUGGGGAGGCAGCGGUGGUGGGGGGAUGGCUGGUGAAGGGGCGGAGGGGAGAGAUGGUGAGGGUGGCAGGGAUGGGAAGGGUGAGAAGUGUAGGGAGCAUCUGAAGGGGCGUGUGUGGGAGAGGCUCGGCGCCAUACCCAAGCCUCUUGACCAAGGCAGCUUCCCGUUGGAGUGGGAGGAGUGGCCUCGGGGCGAUGAAGCUGCUGCGAAGCUUCCUAAGGACCUGAGUGCGAGAUGCUUUCGACUGGGGGUAGUGAAAGAGAGCGGGUCGAGAGAGGAGGGUGGGGGAAAGGCAUCUAAGGAGGCAGGGAAUACAGUAGGGAGACCCGGAAGGACAGGGCGGGCCAUGCGCGGGCGAGGAGGCGGGGGGGUUAGCAGGAACGCUAGCAGGGGUAGUGGAAGCGGGGUGGGCAGGGGCACAGCGUACGGAGACAACGCACCGAGCUUUGCAGAAGCUCUGGCAGCUUCCGUGGCUCCUCAAAACCAAAAGAUCCCCAUAGUUCGCUGCACUGCAGACGCCGAGUUUCUAGUGGAGUUUGCAGGUCACCUGGUAUCCCCACCAGCCUGCGCUCGCUGCAGCAAGUGCUUCAACACUUUCACCUGCUUUCUCCCCGCCCUCACGCUGAUUGCCACAUUCGCCUAUCAACCCGCCAGCGCCCUUUUUAACCGCUUUGUAUCGGUCUUUCCCCCGCACUCCCCGGAGUUCAACGAACUUUUGGCUGACCUGCAAAUGGAACCCUUGCCCACGGACGUGCCUGCCCUGCUGAACCUGCAUGUGGUGAGAGAGCUGGCUGAGCAGUUUCCGGUGCUGUUUCUGCUGCUUGUGUCUUUCAGAUGGCCGAAAGCCGUGCUGCAGAUAGAGGAGUUGGAUGAGGCGGGGUGGGAUGAAGUGAGCGGAGAUGGGAGUGGAGAGGGGUGCAGAGAGGGGAGGAGGGCGACAGGGAAGGAAGGUGAAAAGAGAGGGAGGAGGGGAGGACGGAGGGGGGGUGGAUCUGGCAGGGAUGAGCGAGAUGGUGGAGGGGAAGUGGUGGGCGAGUGUGGGGAGGUGUGGGAAGAGGUGCGGUCAUGGUGCCUGGCAGCAAUGGUGGCUUGGAAGGCAAGCCUAAGGCUGGUGGGAGCUGGGUUGGGGGAGGCAUGUGAGGGCAGCAAGCACCUGGGUGAGGGGGAGACGAUAAGAGGUGCCAAGAUGUGGCAGAAGGCUGUUGAGACGCGGUACUGUGAGGAGCUGGACGAUGGGGGAGGGUCUGGCAGUGCUGAGGAGCUGCGGUGGGUGUGGCAAGGUGGCGUAUUGCAGCAGAGUGUGCCAAAAGGCACACUGGCCCUUUCAUAA